UUUUGAAUCAACAUGGCGGCGUACGCGUCUCGGUGGAGAACGGACUGUCUUUUAAGACUUGUGUUCAAAAAGACUAGGUUGUCGAAACAAGUUUGCUGUGAAGUGUGUAAGGCAAGCAGAGGGUGUUCGACAACAUCUACAGGACAUACAUCUACUUCAGCACCCUGGCCUGUCUAUGGCAGACUUGUAACACACUAUGACAGCCUUGUCCACUUCGGUUCACUCCGAAAGGACCCGCAACAGAGAACUGCACUUCUUCAGUUAGAAGAAUUAACCAGAGUGCUGACAGACUAUACCAACAUCCCUAUCCUUCUCCCUCAACCUAAAGACUGCUUACAGAACCAACCAACCUCAGAACUGCAGGAUAAAGUUGGGUCAAGGGAAACGGUGAACAUUUGCAGACCUGAUGAAAAUGUGUCAAAUGAAAAAGAGGACCAACAAGAGGAGUCCUCUAAGCCACAUCCACCCCAAGGUUAUUAUAUCUAUGGUAAUGUUGGCACUGGAAAAACAAUGCUGAUGGAUCUUUUUUACUCAUUUGUGGAAAACAGAAGAAAAAAGAGGGUUCAUUUCAAUGGAUUCAUGUUAGACGUACACAGAAGGAUCCACAAACUGAAACAGAGCCUGCCAAAGCGACGGAUAGGUAAAAUGACAAUGUAUGACCCCAUCUUUCCGGUUGCCAUGGAGAUUGCAGAGGAAACCUGUCUCAUAUGCUUUGAUGAGUUUCAGGUGGUGGACAUAGCAGAUGCUAUGAUCCUGAAGCAGUUAUUUGAGGGCUUGUUCAAGUGUGGGGUCGUGGUUGUGGCAACCUCAAACAGACCACCUGAAGAACUGUACAAAAACGGGCUUCAGAGGGCUGCUUUUGUGCCUUUCAUUGGCGUACUCAAGGAGUACUGUCGGAUUGUCAGUCUGGACACUGGAAUAGAUUUCCGGACGAGGGAAAUGAAACCAGCAGGAAGAUUAUACUACAUAUCAAGUGAGCCUGAUGCAGAGAAUGCUGUCAAUGCGCUGUUUGAGGAACUGGCAUUCAGACAAAAUGAUGUGACCAGGCCGAGGGUGUUGAAUGUCCAGGGAAGAGAAGUAACCCUGAGCCGGACCUGCGGAACCAUUGCAGAUUGCAGCUUCCAGGAACUCUGUGAGCAACCACUGGGUGCAGGCGAUUAUUUAGAAAUCGCACGCUGUUUUGACACGGUCAUCAUACGUAAUGUUCCUUACCUUCAACUCGGAAUGAAGGACCAGGCGAGACGUUUCACUACACUCAUCGACAACUUCUAUGAUCAAAAGGUUAGAGUGGUGAUGUUGGCUGAUGCACCGUUAGACCGUCUCCUUGAUCAGGGACAGAUGACUGGUGAAGAAGCGAGAGAUCGCCUAAUGCUGGAUGAACUCGGCCUGACUGAUGAGGCCAGCAAGCGAAUUACUCUGUUCACUGCGGAUGAAGAGAUCUUUGCCUUCCAGAGGACAGUGUCUCGCCUUGCAGAGAUGCAGACAGAACAAUACUGGAUAAGUGGAGAUCGGAGUCAGUCAUGAUCUAAAAAUGGUACAAGUCCAUCACCAUGAACAGACUGUAAGCCUGCUAUUUUCAACAGCAAUGGGAAUCUUUCAUAUCCCCACUGCACCAUUAAUGUGCAAAAGUACAUCUCAUCAUGCGCAGGGAGAUAUUGCGUAUGCUGCCAAAUGAGAAGAUGUCUAGCACCCUCUAGUGGAUUAUAUAAUCUGUAGUGUUUAGUGUAUGUACUUUUGAAAACACUCCCUCUGUGAGGAAGACAAAGUUUAUUCUUAAUGUAAUGGCAACAUAAAUAUUUCAGUGUUGCA